AACAACAAGCGGGAAAACGGCGCCAAAGAAGAAGAACUGAAAGUUAACGUCAUAAGUGAGGACAAUGAGUGAGUUGGAGAGCAUCAGCUGCCACAUCCAUGACAGGAUAUCAUCUAUACAGCGCUUGCUGGAUCUGAGUCUUCUCGAUUCGCCACAAAAUAAGAUGAAGAAAUUUGGGAAAGAGUUGUUUGAGCUUGAGAGACUCGUGGAUGAAUUUGAAAAGUGUCGUGACCGACAGAAAGAACAGCUGAAGCGUUUGAAGGAGUUUGAGGAGUUAUUCCAGAAGAAUCUGGAGGAUGUCCAGCACCUGAAGGACAAUGUUCCUGCACACAUGCCCCGGAGGAAACCUGGAGCCAAUGAAAAUGAACCUGUAUCGGCCGAGAAUCAAGCAGCAGAUGUUCAGCCCGAAAAAGCCAAAAAACCCCAGAAGAACCACAUCAGAGAGAUGGAGGUCAUCACUGUGCAGGAGUUUGAGAGCAUUCCACAGUAUAUGAAAGGACGCGUCACAUAUGACCAGCUUAAUGCCGCGGUGCAGAGCAUCAACGCGGCCGUGAUGGCAAAGUAUAAGAUCCUCCACCAGCCGAUGAAGACUCUGAGCAGCAGCAGCCGCAAGAUGUACCAGCAGUUUAAAAGUCAGGAGACAGAAGGCACCAAAGGUCAGUAUUUUGUGGUGGAGGAGGACAUUCGUGAGUUCACGCAGAUGAAAGUGGACAAACGUUUUCAUGGGAUUCUGAGCAUGUUGCGUCACUGUCAGCGCCUACGGGAGCUCCGGCGUGGAGGUCUGACCCGCUACAUGCUGUUAUGAAUCAACCAUUCGGAGGCGGCGAGAGAAAAACCCACCCACUCCGGUCCACACUUCAAGUAAUGUCUCUUUACUAUAAAGAAGUUUGGACAUUUUCUUGUUUGUUGGUUGUUAAAUGGAACAGAGUCCCAAACGUCUCUGUGUUUAAGACGCAUUAACCCAGUCAAUAAACUGCUGUUUAUUUAAAUUAUUGAUCUGGCUGUCUUCAAAAU